CCAAAUAAUUUACAGUUUAUAAAAGUGCUGUGUAACUUAAAAAGUUUGUCCACAAAAUCGAAUUGUCAUUCUUAAAUCGUAAUUAAAAUCAAUUUUAUACUUCAAAAUGAUGGCAAAUAUGAUGAAUGGAGGCCUUCCCGAUUAUCAAAUACCCGGGGGUAGACAAACAUCUCAAUUUAGUCCAUACGCAGAUAAUGGAGGGAGUAUUGUCGCAAUCGCUGGUGAUAAUUUUGUUGUAAUUGGUGCAGAUACACGUCUUAGUACCGGUUUCCAAAUUUACACCCGUAAUCAAAGUAAAUUGUUCAAAAUCAACGAGAAUACCGUUCUUGGAUGUUCAGGAUGCUGGUGUGAUGCCUUGACUUUAACACGUAUACUUGCAGCUCGUACUCAAAUGUACGCCCAUGACCAUCAUAAACAAAUGACAACACCUGCCACAGCGCAAAUGUUAUCGACUAUUUUAUACUAUAAACGAUUUUUCCCAUAUUAUGUGUCCAACAUUCUAGCUGGAUUAGAUGGUGACGGUAAAGGAUGCGUAUACAGCUAUGAUCCAAUUGGUCAUUGUGAGAAAGCUACAUAUCGAGCUGGUGGAUCAUCUGGGGCACUACUUCAACCAUUAUUAGAUAAUCAAAUUGGUUUGAAAAAUAUGCAAAAUGUAGAUGCAGAAAGUAGCAAGCUAACUAUUGAGAAGGCGUUGGCUAUUUUAAAAGAUACAUUUAUUUCAGCUGCUGAACGUGAUAUUUAUACAGGUGAUAGUAUUCAUAUAAACAUCAUCACCAAGGAUGGAAUUAAAUUUGAAACAUUUGAAUUGCGUAAAGAUUAAUUUCGUGUGCGAAAAUUUAUUUUAU